UUGUAAUGUAAUUAGGUCCAAUUGGAUUAUGGCAACUGGCAUCAUAAGGAUUUCCUUUCCUUUUUCGAAAUUUGAACUUGUUAUUCUUUGCAGUUGCUAAAUAUCUGGAAUGUCAUUCGUGCUUUGUUUUUUGUUUCGUGCGAAGGAAUGACCUUCAAAGAGAUAGCGUCUAUCGAAUUUGAAAUGAGAAUUCUCUUGGCGCAUGAGCACAACAUUUUUUGCUACCUACUCAGCGCUGACUCACGUAUGCACACAGUGGGCAGCCACAGCCACCAUGUUCGCCUUUAUCCAUUCAAGCCUCUUGCCUCCGUUCACCACACUCACAUCAACCGGCGCGCACACAAACGCCACAAGCCAGUUUGACAGUUCUCGCUAGUCGACUCGAAUCAGUUGGCCGGUGCACGGCGUAGCGGCACGAACGUUCCCGCUGCCAUUUUUUUUGUAUUCCAUCGCGCAAUCUAUUAAAAAUAAACCGUGGUACUACCGUCGUUUCGUUAUUUACUCAGAUGAUAACGAAACUUAAUGUGAAAACUCCAAUACGAACAUUGUGACGAAACUAAACGAAUCGAACUUAAAAAUAACAAUUAAAAAAGUAACCCAAGCAUUCCAAAUUUAAAACUAACAUUUGAUAACAAAGUUGCCAUAUUAAGAUUAACAAGUUUUUUUUUUAUUAAACUCGGCAAAUAGCCAGACAUUAAAGUGAGUAAUCGUUGAUAAAUUAAAUCCAUAAAAAAUCGUGUCAAGAUCAAUAAGUGUAUGUCAAGGGGUACACCACAACUUUCCUUUUUUAGAACAGUGACUUGAUGACAUCGAUCGCAAUAAAAUAGUGGUGAAUCGUUUAAAAUUGACCCUGGAGCGCGGAUUGUGAAAAGGUUUUGGCGGAUCUUUUCAUAAUUAUUGCGCGAGUGCGAUUCGGAACUGUCAAGUGUUCCCCGGCUUUAAGUGGCGACCGUUUAGCCGGUGGUGUGUUAGUGUUCGAAUUCCGAAUUAUGUUCAGUGUUUGUGCGUGAAACAAUAAUGUCGACGCAGGCGUACUACAAGGAGCGUCUUGGGUUUGACCCCCAAGAGGCUAUGCAGGAUGGAGUCAACGGUGGUUUUUACGACGGCCCUCAUCAGCCUAAAAGGCAGAGAGGUGAUCAAGGGGCCGAGACCCACGACCACGUGUAUGAGGAGAAUUUGACAAAAUUCAAAGACGAACGUGAUGCAAUACAGAAGAAGACAUUCACAAAGUGGGUCAACAAGCACUUGAAAAAGGUAACAUAUUUGUUUUCUUUAUUUUUGUCAUAAUUUUUAUAUUAUAACUUUUUCAAAAUUCUAUUACGCGGCCCGAUCUAAUAAAUAAUUUUAUAUUUCGUAUUUAAGAAGACUCAAAAGGCAAGCAAAUAAAUAGGGUUAAAGGGUUGUGAGAACAGAUGCUUUAAUUGUGAGACCGUAAAGAAGAACCGAAGAAAAGGUACGUUGCGUGUGUUUAAGAAAGGAGUAAAUAUUGAGAUUACGGCAGUUCGAGGCAUAUGGAAGAAGAAUACAUGUUGCGUCGACUAUAAAUAAAUAAUAAGGGAAGGACAAGCAAAUUAUUGCUAUAAACAAGAGUACUAUUUAUAAUUACUCUAUGACUUGCACAACACAAACAUACCUUGUUAAUAGCUUUCAAAUUUAUUAAUAUUUUACUAGCUUAAUACCAAAAUAGACGCAAAACUUUUUAUAGCCUUUACUAGCUAACAAUAGAGAAUUAUUUCGUUUAUUCAUAUUUUUUUCCAAAUAAGAGUUUUUAUGUUUUAACAAAAGACAGAGACUCUUUAAUUUUUAAUUUCUGGUGUAGGAAAAAUAACGAAUUUAUUUGAUGUUGUAGAAGACGAGAUUUAUAACUUAAAUUUCAUGUAUGAUGCUGAUUGGUUUACAUUAUUUAGAAAGGAGGUCAUAAGAUAAACUAUUGGUAAUUUGUAUAUGUCCUGAAUGGAUGAUAAGCAAAAUAAGUUUUGAACUAUUCAAAAGAGUUACAUUAUAAUACUACAACUUUUUAUAAAGCAAACUGUUUGGUGCUAUACAUCAUGUAGUGAAAUAUUCAUAGAAUACAUCCCUGUUUUAUGUCGGCAGUCACCCUCCGCUUUUGUAAUUUCUGGUCUUUGAUUUAGAAUUUUAACUCCUCAACCACGUAACGGCGUUCGUUGUAGUUCUUACUGUUAUAGAAAUUACUAAAAUAUAUAUAUAUAGAUAUUCAUCCUAUAAGUUUAGU